AUGAAUUUGGACUUUAUUAGAGGAUGUGACAAUCUGGUCAGUACUGAGGACAACCACCUUUUAACAAGAUAUCCUGCAACAGAAGAGAUUAAGAUGGCAAUAGAUUCUAUGGACCCUAACAGUUGUGCAGGACCAAAUGGAUUUAAUGGGCCCCAAAUUAAUCACCUUAGCUGUGCUGAUGACUUUGUACUUUUCACUUCCGCGGAUAAAUUUUCUAUUAAGCUCAUGAUGAAUCUGCUAGGGUUGUAUCAAAAUGAUUUUGGACAGGAGAUUAACAAUGAUAAGACCUUCUUUAUCACCCAUAGUAAGACCAACAGGAUUUAUAACAAGAGGAUAAGAAGGUGGACUGGUUACAAACAAUCUUCUUUCCCCUUCACUUAUUUAGGUUGUCCUAUAUACAGUGGUAGGAAGAGAAUCUCUUAUUUUUCUGAUAUUUCCAAAAAGGUUCUUAAUAAGAUUGCAGGUUGGCAAGGAAGAUUCUUAUCCCCUGGAGGUAAGGCCACCAUUAUUAAGCAUGUCCUACAAUCUCAAUCCUUACAUAUAUUUGUUGCUUUAAUGCCACCUGUUACAUCACUCUAUGAGAUUGAAAUGCAGUUUGGCAAUUUCUUUUGGGGAGAGAAAGACGGGAAAAUUAGUUAUCACUGGUCCUCCUGGGAUAACAUGAGUUAUCCUACCAAAGAAGGGGGCUUGGGUUCAAGAGUUUACUUGACAUCUAUCAUACUUUUGCUGCUAAAAGAUGGUGGAGAUUGA